UGGGAGUCCAGACAAAGGAGACAUAAGCGCACUGACACAGGAGCUCCAGAGUGAAGAGAAGGAGACGGCUGCGUUGCUCCAUUUGUUUUUGAUUUUUCCACAGCAGUCGACCCCUCAACUUCUGGACUUAACUGUCGCUGCUCGGGGAGAAACUUUUUUUGGAAAAGUGUGUUUGUGCGUGUGUGUGUGUCAGCCGCACGGAUGUGUGUGUGAGCUGAGGGAGAUGUGUGCGUCAGAGCAGAGGAAGCCAUAUGUUUCCCCAAGUAUGCCGGAGUGUGUGGGUUAGUGUGUUUGAGAUGGAAAAGUGGGGCUGGCACAAGCAGCAGCUCGACUCUUAGCUCUACGCCAUGGGGGGUUGCCAUAGUUACCCCUCAGCGACGGAGGCAGAUGGGAAGACUCAGCCUUCAGACAUCAGUAAUGACAAACUGGGAAUUAAUAACAAUAAUCAGGAGGAGCGUCCAUAUCUGCUGCAGCAGUAUGUGAGUCAGCGGAUCACACACACGGACAUGAUCAUCCUCACAGCGCUGCCCCCAGGUGUGGACAAGGCCGAGUGGCUCGCCAGCAACACCGUGUCAUUUUUCAAGCACAUAAACCUGUUCUCCAGCGCACUGUCAGAGUUCUGCACUCCCAGCACCUGUCCUACUGCCUGUGGACCAGGCAACAUGGUUUAUGUGUGGACUGACGACCACGGCAGGAAGCUGAAAUGCUCGGCCCCGCUGUACUUUGACUACGCCAUGUCAUACAUUCAGGAGCUCCUGAUGGACGAAGACGUCUUCCCCACAAAAGCAGGCUCAGUAUUCCCCACAGGCUUCGUCUUCCUGGUCCAGAAGGUGUUCUUGCUUCUGUUCAGGACUCUCGCUCACAUUUACUGGUCUCACUACAGAGAGACGCUGGCGAUGGGCCUGCAUCCGCACCUGAACACCCUCUUCAGACACCUCAUCCUCUUCUGCCAGCAGCACGCUCUGCUGGAGCCUGAGGACACCGAGCCGCUGCAGGACCUGAUCGCUGCUCUGGCUCAGCAGCGCUGAAUCAUCACAUGCUUAUCACAUAUUUAUUUAUUAUUCCUCACCACUGUGGGCUUUAAAAUAUACUCAAUAUACAUUACGUUGUAGCAUGGAAAAGGAAAUUCAAAGCAAUAUGAAACUUGAGCUGUCGCUCUGUGUCAGUGUGUCAAACCCAUCAUGCAUGUUUGUGUAUUUCAAGAUAACAGCGCAUCGUUUUGUUGUUGAUAAGGUCAUUAUCUUCAAGGUCGUAUGUGGAUUUCUGACUGUAAGAGACUGUAAUCAAAAAUAAUGAAGGAUCUUCUGUCCUGGAUUGUCAAAAGAAACUCACUCAGACAAACUAACCCUGUUAGUGCCAUUACUGUAUUUUGCAAAAAAACAUGUUUUGAUACCAUUAUUGUAUGAUCUUAUAUGUUUAAAAAAAAACACAUUUGCUUUUUAUCUUCUUUUAAGAUUCAAUAAUAAACAUUUGUGACAUA